UGUAUUAAAUGCUUCAGUCAGAACCAAAUGAAUAUGCUUUUUGCUAUUAAAUAUAAUCCUGACGAUAAAUUUAUUUGGCAAUUAGGAGUUCGAGUUCAUUGUUUUACGGUUUCAUCUCAUUCUUAUAAGCAUACCAAUUCCGUUCUUUUACAGGUUCUUGAUGAAAAACCUUAUAGAAGGACCUACAAUCUUUACCAAUUCCUCAAAUUUUAUCAAACUACAAUCCAAAUUCUGGACGCCUCAGAAGCAUCGGCUACAAGUACUUCAGAUCCUUCGAAAGAUUUUAUGAAAAUUGCUAUUUUGGAUGAAAGUUGUUAUGUGGAAGAUGGGCAAUGUAUUAUUUGUUUUGAUGCUCGUCCAGAUGCGGUUUUACCGUGUGCCCAUGCCUAUUGCUCUUCUUGUAUCAAUAGCUUUUUGAGGAUUAAUCAAAAGUGUUGCCCUCUUUGUCGACGUCCUAUGAAAGAAAAUGAAGCUUGGGUUAUGACAGAAAAACCAAGUAAAGAAUGCAUAAAUUUAUAUUUAGUUGAAUCCAACAGAGAAGGAACAACAUCUGAUUAA